AUGACUGAGCCUCACGCUGACGAAGUAGCCGUAACAAGACGAACAAAGUCCUUCAUCAGAACUCUUGCGCCAGGUUCUACAAGGGAGGGAAAAUGUUGCGGGGGAACGCAUGUGUUUUGUUCUUACGUGACAUCUGUGCCUUUCAGGGCAAGAAGUGGUUACAAGAAGACGCAGGCAGACUACACGAAUAGCAUCGGCCCUUUUUCAUGA